GCCUGAUGAGGACACAACACAAGAGGGCGUUGUAACCAAAACAAGUGUCCCAUUCCGUUUACAUGUACUUCGUUGGGUUGCACUUCGGCAGAAUCUGUGCCCAGAGUGACCGACGUGUCUAUGAGGGAAAAUGGCAGAGGUGCACGUCAUUGGUCAGAUUGUUGGAGGGAGUGGGUUUCCAAGCCACAGUUUGUUCUGCAAAUGGGGAAUACACGCAGGGGGUGCAUGGAAGGUGAUAGCUGGAGCUAGGGAGGGACAGACACAGGUUGAUCUUCCACAGAAUGAUGCCUUCGCUGCUUGGAGUCAUCCCAUUGACAUACAUUUUGCAACAAAGGGCCUUCAAGGUUGGCCCAAACUGAAAUUUGAGGUGUACCACCAGGACGAGUUUGGCCGCAACGAGCUGUACGGCUACGGGUUCUGCCACCUGCCCACCUCCCCCGGGAUGCACAACAUUGAGUGCGUGACCUGGCGGCCUGCAGGAACGGCUCGUGAACAGAUCGCCCAGUUCUUCAUUGGCGGUGCACCACAGCUGCGCAACCCUGACAUGGUCCACAGUGCCGAGCGGUACGCCCUGAGCACCACAGCCAUGGGAAAGGUCCACCUACAGCUGGGCAUCAUCUUCAGGAACUUUGACCGGUAUGGAGUGGAGUGCUGAAAUGCCAAAGAUAGUUGAGAUAGUUGUACUUUGUACUGGAUUAGAAGCUGGUCAGAAACUAGGAGCCAAUGGUCCUAGUGUGUGGGCAAUUGAGUAAAGAUAGAAUCCAGAAAAAAAGAUGUUUGCAGAAAAUUUUCAACAAUUUUUGCUGCAUGGCUUUGACUUGAAUGGGAGACCCACUUACUUUGCAAAUAUUUUUCAUUUCUUGACCCUAACUCCCUAGGCCUUUUUGCGAGGAUGUAGCCUCAAUCCUGCAAAAUCCUCCAAUUGGCCUCAUGGA